CAGCAACAGCAGCAGCAGCAGCUUUAUGAUCGUUGAUUUUCUACUCGUUCCGCCCUGAGGUAAUAUAUCUGCGGAGAAAAAGACAGAGAGCGUGGUGUGCACUACACACUAGAGUGAAGCGAGCUGGGUCUCUCUCGCUCUCGCUCCCUCUUCGUAGCACACUUUACCGAAACAAGUGCAACUGAGCCGACCAAGAUCGGGCGUUUAGACAUUUGAGGGUGCACAGAGCCAAAAGGUUGAAGAAUUACCUCUUACGCCACUACAAACAUACUCUCUUUCUCUUCCUUUCUUUUUUUUUUCUUUUUACCCAUUUCUGCGAUACUACUGCUUUAUUGGGGGACUCGACAAUAUCAAUAUCAAUAAUAAAAAUAUAUACAAGAGCAAACCACCACUAUACUUGUUUUAUAUAUUCCACCUUUUUAUUACCCGCAGGGGCCCUCAGACACACAAGCACCACACAUACACACCUCAAUGUCCAGGCAUCUAGUCGUCAACACCCAGGUAGACCGGCCCAUUCCUCGCACUUCGUCCCAAUGGCAACCAUCUCCGGAGACUAGUGCUGCCAUUCAGGAAGAAGAUGCCCUGGCACUAAAACAAAAGAACCGCUCGAAUACGCUCUACGAAGAAGUCGAAGAAGAAGAAGAAGAGGAAGACGACGACGAGGAAGAAGAAGAGGACGAUGACGACGAGGAUGAAUUGGAUGAAGACGAUGAUUCGACCUUUACCUCGUCACCCAGUAUACCCGACGAGAAUAUUAAUUUCGACCUCGUCUACGCGUUACACACAUUUGUUGCAACUGUCGAAGGGCAAGCGUCAGUUGUCAAGGGCGACGCUUUGACGCUUUUGGAUGAUUCCAACUCGUACUGGUGGCUCGUCAGUGUGCUCAAGACAUCCGAAGUGGGCUACAUCCCUGCAGAAAACAUUGAAACCCCAUUUGAACGUCUAGCUCGACUCAACAAGCAUCGCAAUGCAGAGAUGACAUCCAUGGAUCAAGCGGUGCAUUAUAUUCCGAACGAGAAUAUAAAGAAAAAAGGCGCCGGACAACGCCGAGUCACAAUGAACAAAGAUCUAAGCGUUCAGGCACAGAUCAUUUUAACGGGCGACGAUGAGGAUCAUGAAGUCGGCGAAGCAUAUGAAGAAUGGGAGGAGGAUAUGGCAGAUGACGCAUCGAUACUGACAGAACAAGACAUGGACGAUGACGACGACAAUGAUGAUGGAGAAGAGGAAGAAUAUGGUCAGCAUGUUUCAAGCAAUGCCGUCGGAGUACCUAAGAAGCUGCAGGAUCAGAAGCGUAGCGCAGCAGCACAAGCACCGGCUGCAGCUCCCCAGCCAUUGCAGAGCGUCAACAAUAACAAUGACGCUGUGUCAUCAUCAUCAUCAUCAUCAGCAGCAACUACUAUCACAACAGGGGCAGCAGCACCAACACCACGCAACAGCGGUGACGAUAAGCGCCCACCGAGCAACACAUUCUGGCGCUUGUUUUCACGCAACAAAAAGGACAAUCCCAAGGCAAACUCGGUUAUUCCUGCACGCGUUUCUGAGGAUGCUGACAGUAACUCUAUCUCGUCCCUUGCUUCAUCCAUCAUUUCCGAAGACAAGACAGCAACUCGAAAUGGCCAACAUCAUUCAAAUAGCAACAACGCCACCGGUGGCGGCAAUACGAAUGGCAAAUUAACGGUUCUCCGGGUGUUUGCAGGCAAUGUCAAUGUUGGCGCCAUGUACCAUUCAAUGCUUGUGGACGCACACACGAGUGCAGAGCAGCUCUUGAUCCAAACCAUGGAACGAUUCCAUAUUGCACAGAUUGAAGAUAAAACCGCUGGCCGGUCCUCACGUGCAAUUACACCCACCAAUGGUAGUGGCGUUGAAUAUUACUUGACCGUGAAAGCUCACAAUGGAGACGAAAUCACACUGGCUCCUCAAGACAAACCGCUCGCUAUUUUCCAGACACUUACUGCACAUCUUACGACACCCAUGCCAUCGUUGACGCAUGUUAAACAGCUUAGCCAAUCGACUCCUGCACUUGAUGCCAAUCGUACUAAAGUAGCAGCAGCACGAAAGGGCCGAUUUAGCGAAGACUCGAUGAUUCGUUUCUACCUCCAUAAGCGUAUCCGCCGCGUGAACGAGCGCGAGGGCCAGGUGUACAUCAAAGUGUCACUGUACACCGACACCAAAAAACCGACCAACGGGAAUGAUAAUGCCUUGUUCUCUACCAAGAAUUUGCGCAGAAAGAAACCAUCAGCUGCAGACGCAUCCCGUGAAAGGAUCGACAAGCUGAUUGCAAUAUCGGCCAGCAUUUCAAUUGCAGAUCUUACUGCAGUUGCAUUGGACAAGUUUCACAUUGUUCCGCGUGAUAAUGAGCACUACCGCUUGGCUGUAGCAUCCUCACAACAAAAAGCAGAAAAACUGUUGAACCCAUCCAGCAAACUGAUUGAAGUGCUCCAUGACGAUGAUGCGACUCGAGACGCUGGCGAAAAACUGUUUACUUUACGGAAAUCGUACAGCCAUCAUCACCACUCCCAAUCACGGUCUGCCUCGCGAGAAAGCCAAAGAUCAAUAAGCAAAGUAUCGCCGGAGAAAACCCGACGACCACAGAGCUAUCAAAGAACUCCUUUAUCCAUUACAAUUCGCGACGCCAAGACGGAAGAUGCCCUGCGACGACUGGAUGCGGCCCUAACAGCACUGUGCCACAGCAAACGUCGAACAGAUGCAAAACCAGCCAUGGCUGUUGUGCGUAACUUGGAAAGUGGAGUUGACAUUCUUUUAUCGAACGGCGUCUUAAGCAACAAACCAUUGUCGCGGAAUCAGAUGCAAUAUACUGUUUCUGUGAAUGCAAAUGGGCAAUUGAACAAGCCCGGGCUGGUGGCUCAAAAGAUCAUACAACACCCACUUCUUAAUGGCAAUCGCACGAUUAAUAGCAGUCUCAAGAAUGUCACUGAAGCGGACCUUAACAUACUUGUCAAGUGUGGCAUGGUGUUUUUGGAAGCACAUGACCGUAAGCUGGGACGGAAGCCCGUACCGUCUGCCCUCACAGGAGGAGGAGCAGCAGCAGCAUCAGGAGCAGACGCUGCCACAAGUGCUCCCUCACUAGAUGUUCCUGAAUCUUCGACAGGCAGCCUAGAUGAUUUAGAAAAGGAAUUCCAACGAAUUAUCGCUGCCCAUGCCUUCUAACUAGUCGCAUAACCUCUUCUAUUUUUAUUACUACUCUUAUCAUCUCUCUUUCUUCAUUUUUCAACCCCCACUUUGUCUUUCUAACACUACUCGCACACUGUCACGCACUCUCACAACCCACGACACUCCAAACCUGUAAAAACAUUUGUUCUUCAUGCGCGCGAUUAUAGUAGAUGAGCAUCCUUCUCCUCGUUGUCCAGCAUAUAUUCAUUCCUAGUUAACCUUUCUCUCAUUAUUUAGUAGCCUCAUAUAACAAUAUAUAUAUAUAUAUAUAUCUACAUAUAUCUGAUAUCCACCACCCCGCCCUUCAACCUUUCGCAGACAAGCCCACACACAUCACUUGUGUUGAUUAUC